AUGUUUGCGGAGCAUGACGUACGCGAGAAGCGCAAGGCCCUGCUUCUUUACAAACCACAAAGUUGGGCAAACCUUCAGGACAAACGAUCAAGCUGUCUUCACGACAUUGAAAACCUAGAGAAAGAAAUCAUUAAUGGGCUACGCCUGAAAGUGUUAGAACAGACUAGCUUAAUACGCCACACAAGCAGAUGUGCAGACUUUUUGGAUGUCACGUCUUCGUUCGCCGUCCUUGCAGAAGAAAAUGAUUUCGUAGCUCCACUGUUUGUGAAAUCUCCGAAUUUAAACAUUGUCGCGGGCCGUCAUGCUGUCGUAGAGGCAGGUCUUCGUGAAAAUGGACAAAUGUUUCAUCCAAAUGAUACUCGACUCAAUUCUAGAGAAAAUGUAUGGGUGAUUUCAGGACCAAACAUGGGAGGCAAGAGUACUUUUUUGCGCCAAAAUGCCAUUAUUGCCAUUCUUGCCCAGAUAGGCUCUUUUGUACCCGCUUCUAAAGUUAGUAUGGGAAUAGUGGAUCGUAUUUUUACCCGUGUUGGUGCAGCUGACGAUCUUUACAGUGAUUUGAGUACGUUUAUGGUUGAAAUGAUCGAGACUAGUAAUAUCUUGAAGAAUGCCACACCACGCUCCCUUGCAAUAGUGGAUGAGAUUGGCCGGGGAACAAGUGGUAAAGAAGGUUUGGCUAUCGCUUACGCAACUCUAAUGUCCCUUGUGAAAAAGAAUAAAUGUCGUACGUUGUUUGCGACACAUUUUGGACGUGAAAUCAAAGAUCUAUUGGAAGCAGAUAAGGUUGAUCAAUCGAGUAUACGUUUUCGCAAAACAAAGAUAGUCGAACAAAAAGACCAGGAAACAUCUGUUCCAACCAUUCUGUUCGAUUAUGCAUUAGAGGAUGGUAUCAGUGACCGGUCUUACGCGUUUGAGGUAGCUCGACUCGCUGGGUUUCCGUCAUAUGCGUUAGAAUAUGCAAACAGGGCACUUAUACAUCUCGACAAUGGUUUUACGAAAAGAUAG